AUGAUGUUCGGUUCUAACGUAUAUCCUGCUGAUCCAAACUAUAUUCAAGAUAUGAGAAUAAAUAUUAAUGAUUCCCGAUAUAAAGACUUGUCUAAAAUUAAUUUCAAGGGGAAAGAGUAUUAUAAUGGAAAUUCUCCUUCUUUAGUACUUAUGACUGAAUUAAAAAAAAAUAUUGAAAAUGCUUUACAAAAAUUAAACUUCGAGACUGCAUUAUUUCUAUCUGAAUUAUACUUCACUAUUGCUAACGGUUUAGAAAUUACCCACAUGAAUAGACUAGAUGCAAUUUAUUUAUAUUCCUUAUCUUUAUACUUAAAUAACGAAUACUUAACAGCAUUCAAUAUAGCUCGACAGUUUAAAGAGUACCAUAUAUCUAUUGCAUACAUUUAUGCAAGGUGUGCUCUGAAAUUGAAUAAGCAUGAAAGAGACGCUGGUUCGUGGCUGAAUCGGCAUUUGUCAGAACAGCCUAAUGAUUUAGGAGAUAAUUUUAUAUUCAUGGGGGAUAAGGCUACAAUUCACGGUUUGAUUGGUGCGUUAUUUGAUAGAAUAUCAGAAAGUAAGACUAGUAUACAACACCAAAUUGAAUCUUUGAAAUUAGACCCAUAUUUCUGGGAGAUCUAUCCAUCCUUGUUUAAUAAGAGAAUAUCUUUGGAUUUAGAAUUAUUGUUUUUCAAAGAUCGAUAUAAUGAAGAACCUUUUAUGAAUAAUAUUAAUAAAAGUAAUAGUAAUAGUAAUAGUAAUAGUAAUAGUAAUAGCAAUAACAAUAACAAUAAUGAUAAUGAUAAUGAUAAUAACAAAGAUAUAUAUGCUGACUUAGGUAGUAAUGAUCAUAGCAUGCCGAUACAGUUCCAUUUAAAUCAUUAUACAACUCACAGGACGGGUACAGCAAUGAAUAUUCAUAAAGAAAUGGAAACUUAUAAUAACAUUAUUACAAACUCAGAUCACAAACUUCAAUCAACUUCACCUACCAUAAGUAAACCAACAGUGAGUUCUUUAGCUAAGAUAAAUAAUAAAGUAAAAGGACUGAAGACCACUCCUUCAAAACAGAUUACCUUAGAACAGCGAAUGAAAUUUGCUACCCCCAGUAAUUUAAGUCCAAGAGAUAAUGGAAUGGGAAAUUCCACAAAAAGAAAAAGAAAUAUCAAAAAUUCAGUAACUUUUAUUAAUGACAAUAACGGUAACAACGGUAAUAAUACCACUGAAUUUGGUGGUGAUGAAGAAUUAAUAUAUUAUAAUUCUGACAAAAUAAAAAAGCAAAAUAAGGAUUCUUUAUUAUUGUCUUCUACACUUUCUUUUCAUAGACUCUUUUAUUUAUUUGUUAAAAUAUUGGAAUUAAGUUCUUCUUUUAACUGUCACAACGUUAUAAGAAUCAUUUAUGAUGAAGUACCAUCAUAUAUUGUCAAUUAUAUGCCAUGGUGUUUAGCACAACUAGGAAAACUUCAUUAUGAGAUCUCUAAUUAUAACAUGUCUUUAAAGUAUUUUCAAAGACUGAGGUCACUUCAGACUACAAGGGUUAAAGAUUUGGAAAUAUAUUCUACUCUAUUAUGGCAUCUUCGCGAAAAUCAUGAGCUUUAUACAUUAUGUAAUGAGUUAUUAGAAUCUUUUCCCACUAGACCUGAAACUUGGUGUGUUGCCGGAAACUAUUAUUCAUUAAUAAAGAAUCAUGAUGAAUCAAUUAAAGCCUUUUCUAAAGCAAUAGAACUAAACCCAAAAUUUUCGUAUGCUUAUACACUACAAGGUCAUGAGUACACAGCAAAUGAAUCAUAUGACACGGCAAGAGAGUUUUAUAGAAAGGCAGUGGCGAUUGAUUCUCAACAUUAUAAUGCCUACUAUGGACUUGGUGAUUGCGCAUUUAGACUUGGCAAAUAUGAGGAAGCAUUACUACAUUUUGAAAAAGCAAGAUUAAUAAAUCCAAUUAAUGUGAUUCUUAUAUGUUGUUGUGGUCAUGCUUUAGAAAAACUGGGCUAUGCAGAAAAGGCAUUGGAUUAUUAUGAAUUAGCAUGCAAGUUACAAUCAGAUUCAACAUUACCCAAAUAUAGAAGAGCACAACUUUUAUUUAACAUGGGAAGAUUUAAUUUAGCAUUAGAACAAUUUGAAAUAUUAGAAAAAAUGACUCCAAAUGAAGCAACUGUUCAUUUCAUGUUGGGACAAAUUUAUCAGACUAUGGGAAGGAAGAACGAUGCAAUAAAGCAAUAUACCAUAGCCUUAAAUUUAGAUCCAAUGGGAAAUCAUGUGAUAGCAGAUGCAUUAGAAAAAUGUCAUUAUCAAGAAUAA